AGACACGCAGUCCGCGUCGGGACCGUGCGCUCCUGCUCUGCACCGUGUUUAAAGCCCCGCGGGCCGGACAAGUGAUGUCGGCAGCAGUGAAAGACGAAACAACAUCGAGACACCGCCGCAGGGCUGAAAGGAUCCACGUUACCGUCACAAGUGUCACGGAGAGCAGAGACUUCAUCGUUAGAGGAGACUGCACCGUCAGACAGUUUAAAUGGGGUCUGUCAGAGCACCUGGGAGCCUCAGCAGAGGAGCUGGUCCUGAUCCACUCCAAUCGAGUCCUCAAAGACUCUGAACCCUUGAGUCACCUUAAAGGACUGAAUGGGUCGGUACACCUCAGCAUGAUCCAAAGGCCUCAGCAUUCAUCUGCUCCACCUCCCACUGACCCAGACCUCGACCCUGAACCAGAUAACAUCACACCUUCCCCUACUUCUCCUCUCUGCCUGGUAGAAGGUCUGGACAGCCUUGUCCUUGAAGACAGCGGGACUAGCUUCUUCCCGGAGCUCCAGCGCCAGAUGGAGAACAGAUUGCUGGCUGACCCAGAAAUGAUGCACCGUCUCCUGGACAGCCCCUUUGUGCAGAGCACCCUCUCCACCUCUAGCCCUCAACUUAUCAGAAAGCUCAUUCUGUCUAAUCCCCAAAUUCAGCAGCUCCUGCAAACAAACCCAGAAGUGGAAGAUAUGCUUAACGACAAAGAUGUCAUAACACAGUUGCUGGAGCUCAUCAAGAACCCUGACAUGAUAGAAGAAAUGAUGAACAAUGAGGACAAAGCUUUAGAAAAUUUGCAGUCAGAGCAGAAAAAUCCUGAAGUCAUUACUGACAAUUCUGACCCAGAAGCAAAAUUACAGAAGGUAGGAGCAUCUGCAUCGGUGACUACAUCACCCAGAAAUCACCAAAUACUGGAGGGUGAAUCCAAUCAGACGUUCUCUGGUCACUCGACAGAUCCUCUCAGUGAGCUGACUGCCACAUCCAGAGCUGGUUCAAACUCUCAAAGCAGCAUCACAGCAGGCAUGCAGUCACUGCUAGAAGAGAUCACUGCCAGUCCAGGUCUACUGGAGAGCCUGCUGUCUGGGCCAUACGUCAGCAGUCUUUUAAACUGCCUUAGCCAGAACUCUGACCUGGCUGCACAGAUGCUUCUGAACCACCCUUUGUUGGCUGGAAAUCCUCAGCUGCAGCAGCAAAUGAGAAAGGAGAUCCCCGUCUUUCUGCAGGAGAUGCAGGCUCCAGAGCUGCUCUCGGCCAUGUUGAACCCCAGAGCCAUGGAGGCUCUGUUGCAGAUCCAACAGGGCUUGCAUACUCUGGCUGCAGAGGCUCCAGCUCUCAUACCUGCGAAUGCUCUCGGAAACACUGGAACAGGUAUCGGUGCCGCUUCUGAGCAUCCAUCUGACUCCAUUCCGAAUAGCCAAUCAGGAAGCGGUCAACAGGCUGCUUCAGCGACAGAGCAGCAGCAGCAGUUUGUACAGCAGAUGCUACAGGCCCUGGCUAACACUAAUAACGAGGUCCAUCACACAGAGAGAGAGUUCAAGGAGGAGCUGGAGCAGCUGAGCUCAAUGGGCUUCAGAGACAGGAAGGCGAACCUUCAGGCCCUCAUCAGCACAGGGGGAGAUCUCACCACUGCUGUACAACACCUGCUCAGUCUCUGACACAUAUUCAUCCGUGCACAUACACACAAAUACAGACAUCGACAAUAAACAUAAGCACCUACACAACAGAACGUUAUGAUAAGAAAUGAUUCACCCGUACUGAUUGUAAAGUGCUCUGCAAAAGAUAAAAACAUAAGAGAAUAAAAAGCCAUACUUACUUGAUGCACUUUCAAAAACUAACUUAUAUCACACACAUAAUGUUAAACUCUGUUUGUUGUCCUACACUUACACUUUAAACUUCAGUCAAACAAAUUAAAGGUCUGAGGAUGGUGAGCGCUGUAUGCAUUUAUGAUAUUGAGGUAUACAGGUACAUGUAAAACUGACUGAGAAGUGAGACAACAGGAGGAGGAUUUUUACAUCCUUAUUGUCCUUGAAGUGUGAGUGUUUGGGUUAAUAUUAGAAACAAGAGAACACAAUGCCUUUCACUGUCUUAUAUGCACCAGUCGUGGUCUGUGUAGACUCAAAAUUCCCCAAAAGUUGAGACACAAUGUAAAAUGUAAAUAACACCAGAAUACAAUGAUUUGCAAAUCUAUUAAACCCAUAUAUUAACUUUUAAAAAUGAAAAAAAUAAGUUCAUUUUAUAUUUGAUGGUAUCAUCCUUCCCAAAAAAGUUAGGUCAGGGCCAUGUUUACCACUGCGUAACAUCCCCCUCUUCUUUAAUCAGUCUGUAAAAAUCUGGGAACCGAGGAAACCAGCUGCUGGACUUCUGGGAGAGGAAUGUUGUGUUUCUUUGUUGUAUUUUUCACAAUCCUCCUAAUCUUUCCAGUUUGUGAAACAUCUGAAAGGCAGGCCAGUUCAGCACCCAGACUCUUCUACUGAGUCGUGCUGUUGUAAUAGAUACAGUCUGCAUUAGCACUGCGUUGCUGAAAUAGAAAAGCUGCCAUCUGGAUGGAGCGUACGCGUCUCUAGAACCUGUACAUACCUUUCAGUGUUGAUGGUGAAUUUUUGGAUUUGCAAACUUCCAAUUCCUACGCACUGAUGCACUCAAGUAUCAUCAGUCAUUAUUGAACUGAACGGCGAUAACAAGCCAGAUAGUUUUAGACAGUUUUCAGCAUCCGUAUUUUCCAGAAUUUCAAAAUAAACUUUUUGUGACCACAGAAAAAAUUUCCACGUUGUCCAUUUUAAACGAGCUUUGAGAAAAUGGCAUGGAUCUGGAUCACUGUUUACAUGCGGCUUCUCUGUUGCACUUAACCUGCAUGGUGAACUAUGUUCACAGACAAUAAUUACUGGAAGUUUUCCUGAUCACAUGCAGGGAUUUCCAAGACAGAAUCAUGUCUGUUUUUAAUGCAGUCCAGAUUUUUUAGAAUUUGUUUUUUGAUAAUAUUAUGACAAAAUAUUCAAAGUCUUCACAUUUUUUGCAUUGUGGAAAAGUAUCAGAAUUAUUCCACAAAUUGUAAACUCACUUUUUUGGUGAAUCGCAGGCCACUUUUACUUCUGACAAACUCUGCCUCUCGAAGAUGCUCUUUUUAUACUCCAUCAUGUUACUGACCUGUUGCAGAUUAACAAAAUCAGGUGUAAAACGAGCAUUCAAUGUUUUGUUUUUCUUUACUAAAAUGUACUUUUCUGGUUUUCCGUUGCCCCGUCCCAACUCUUUUAAGAUGUGUUGCUGCCAUCAAAUUCAAAAUGAGCUCAUAUUUUUCCAGAAAUAGUGUGCGUUUAUGAGAUUUGCAUAUUAUUGCAUUCUGUUGUUAUCUACAUUUUACACAACAGCCCAACUUUUUUGGAACCAGGGUUGUCAUAGACUGUAGACAUAAAACAAUGCAAGUUUGCAGAAAUAUUCAUAUUAUAUUGUUAUUAUUAUCAGAAUCAGAAUACUUUAUACUUUAUUGAUCCCUAGGGGAAGUUAUUUAAUCUCUUUGCUGCCACACUUUAAAGCUCAGGCCUCUUCAUGUUGCCACCUGGACAGAGUCUAAUGAAAGCUUUUAGCACCCUGAGACAGUCAGAUGUCCUGGAUGCACGCAGAAAAUUCGCACUCUCAUUCUCAGCCAACAGACUGAGCCAGGAGUGCAAUAUGUUACGUGAUGUUCCCACUCUGUCUAGCUGCUACUGUGGCUUCUGCACCACAGGCUCUAAAAACCGUAAAUAAUUACAAAGUUUGUCUUUGAACGUAGACUCAGUUUCAAAGGACGUUCAAAGAAAGAAGAUGACUUCAGGCAAAGUCCAAACCUGCUUGGAGGUCAGUGUUUAUCUUGAGGUUAGACGGGUACAGAAAGUGAGGUUUGCACAGCCAAGAGAAAAACACAUGAUGCUCUCCCUUAAGCUUGAGCUCUAUGCUGCAGUAUUUUUGCACCAUAAGGAGCAGGCUCAUUUAUCUCCUUGUGGAUUUCACGAGCAAACAACAGACUGAGCAACAUCCUUUAGACGACUCGUGGCUCUGUUGUAAACAGAACUAUUAAAUGCUGUUAUUUACUUUGAAUUCAAUUCUGUUGUUUCUCAUUUAUGUAAAUGCGUGCUAUUUGUUGCUGAAUUUAUGAGGCUUUGUAUAAGAUGCGUUUCCUCCACGCCUCUGUGUUCAAAUAUAAUGCUCUGCAGUUGUUCUGCAGUAGGGUCAAACAGCAGCAUUAGUUUAGCAGGAUUUUCUGUGGCUACUAAUUGUUCUUUUUGGGUAAUAAUGUAUUAAGAAUAAGUAUGAUUAAGUAUUUAAUCCACAAAAUUGCAGAAAUGACACUGCUCAAAGCUUUUCUUUCUAAUAUCUAAACUUGCACUACCCCACUAGAAACACUAGGUGGCAUUUAGAGUCUUUUAGUAUGGCUUGUAUGAAAAUCAAUUUGAAUCUGAGAUGUAGCAAAGUAGGUCGAAGUUAACUCAUUGUUAUUCUCAUGUUAUUGCCUACAGUAUUAAAAUGUAAGCCAGAAAUCCACAUCUGCAUGCUCACCUCUGCAAGAUAUACAAACUGGGGCAAAUGUAUUAUUCCACUUACUGAAACUGUACAGACCUGUGCACUGAACAACAUUAAAAGAUGUUC